GUUAUGGGUCGUGUGACAAGGGAAAGGAAACUAGUACAGCUGUUUAAUCUCACCUGUAAUGAAAGCAGUGUGAUCUCACGGAGAGGGAGGGACAUGUGUCUGCUUGUGAACCUCGCCUCUUUUCCCGGUUUCUCUCUGAGCCUCUCUGUUUUGCCUUCCCACACCUCAGUGUAUUUGCUCGUGAUGUAUCAUAAGAAGAAGGCUUUACAUGUGACUGCGCUUUUGUUUGACUUUCUUUUCUUUAAAAAAUAGUUUUUUAGUGUUUCUCCACAAUGCGCAAGGAUCCUUAACGCGCUUCGCGUACAGGAGCAGCAGGACGUUCAGAACUCUGGUUGUAUUCUGAAGGACAUCCAGCUGUGAUUGUUGUGGUUAUUGGGAUUAGUAGCUCCCACAUCGUCCGGCUGUGCUGUUCGGGUAUUAGUGAGAGAGCUGAGAGAUGGGAGAGAGGUGCUCACACCGCGGACUCUGACAGGACACCAUGGCCAUCGGCGCUCUCUUGCCUCUUCUACUCAGUUGUUUUUUGCUUUGUGCUUCGGGACAAGUUACGAAGAAAGAUGACCACUUGGAUACUGUGCAGAGUUCAGGCCCUCUGUCCUGCUUUGAGGGUUUCACAGCCCUGGGUUAUUACAACGGCUCCAUGUCGCAGACAGACUCAGGCUUCCCCUGUCUGAAAUGGACUGAGUUCCCUGACUAUAUGCUGCAGUACCCAGGCAGAGGGCUUGGAGCUCACAGUUACUGCAGAAACCCUGACCGUGAGUCCCAGCCCUGGUGCUUCUUCAGACAGCACUCUGGAGCCAUCGGCUGGGCUUACUGCAACUGCCACCAGGGUGCAGCCAGGCUGAUAGGAGGAAGGUCUAACAAGAGCGGACGUCUAGAAAUUUACCUGAAUGGCCAGUGGGGGACAGUGUGUGACACACACCUGACUGACCGAGAUGCAAGUGUCAUCUGUCGACAGCUUGGCCUCGGUGAAAUUGGCACUGCACUCCAGCACUCCUACUUUGGUCCUGGCUCUGGACUUUUCCACUACGAACGACUUGGCUGCCGUGGCAAUGAGAACUCUCUCUUAGAGUGCCGGGGCAGGAAGUUUGUCUCUGGUGAUUGUAAUCAUGGAAAUGAAGCUGGAGUAGUGUGUGCUGCACCUGCAGGAAAUGGUGCUCCCUUGAGACUGGUGGGAGGCCAGGAAGACUUUGAGGGACGAGUGGAAGUGUAUCAUAAUGGCCAAUGGGGUACAAUCUGUGAUGAUCAGUGGGACGACAUUGAUGCCGAGGUGGUCUGUCGACAGCUGGACCUUGGUGGUGUGCCAAAGGCGUGGUCGUGGUCUCAUUUUGGCCCGGGGGCUGGGCCCAUCCUGCUGGACGGGGUAGAGUGCACAGGAAAUGAGCUCUCUCUAGAGGAGUGUCCUCACACACCCUGGGGCCAUCACAACUGUGACCACACGGAGGACGCUGGAGUGUCCUGUAACCCAUACACAGACGGUGCAGUGCGUCUGGUGGGAGCGGAUAUUCCAUGGGAAGGACGCUUGGAGGUUUAUCACGCUGGAGGUUGGGGCACAGUGUGUGAUGACAACUGGACUGAACAACAUGCCCAGGUGGUGUGUCGGCAGCUUGGCUUCAGAGGGCGUGCUGAAAUAGCUGCAGAUGGUGACUACGGGGAUGGCACAGGACUAAUUCUCUUGGAUGAGGUGAAGUGCGAGGGGAGAGAGAGCUCCCUGCUGGAGUGCAGCCAUGCAGAGUGGGGACGACACGACUGCUCCCACAGUGAAGAUGUGGCCAUACGCUGUGAGAGAGGAGGAAAUAAUGAUGACAUUACUGCAGUUCCUCCAGUCACAGGUCCCCUGGUGCGGCUGGUGGACGGGGAGAGUCGUAAAGAAGGUCGUGUGGAAGUCUUCAUUAACAACGAGUGGGGCAGUGUGUGUGAUGAUGGCUGGAAUGACAUCAGUGCUGCAGUAGUGUGUAGGCAGCUGGGCUUUGUUGGAGUAUCUAAAGCCCGCUCCAUGGCUUAUUUUGGUGAGGGCCAGGGUCCAAUCCACCUGGAUAAUGUGAGGUGUGUGGGUACAGAGUCGUCUCUGGGAGAGUGUUUAGCCGACGGGUCGGACAAACAUAAUUGCAGGCACAGUGAGGACGCUGGGGUGAUCUGUGAUUAUGUGUCACAGCCAGUAGCUGACAGCACAACAGCAACCCAGUCAUGCGGCCUGAGGCCCAACACACAGCGCCGCAGGAGGAGGAUCAUUGGAGGAGACAAGUCACUUAGAGGGGAUUGGCCAUGGCAGGUAUCUCUGUGGCUAAGGUCUCAGUCCAAACGCAACCAUCCACUGUGUGGAGCCACUCUCAUCAACUCCUGCUGGAUCGUUACUGCUGCUCAUUGCUUUAAAAGGUUUGGCUCUGAUCCCUCACGAUAUGUUUUGAGGUUGGGAGACUAUCACACAGAGGAAAGGGACGACUUUGAGCGCACUCUCUCUCCUGAGCGCAUUGUCAUACACAAGAAGUACCUCAGCCAGGGCUGGGAGUACGACAUUGCGUUGGUGAGGCUGAAGGGCACAGAUGGGAACUGCGUAUCUUUCAACCCACACACAAACGCCGCUUGCCUUCCUGCUCAUGGCGACAGGAAGACGAAGAGACCUGCUGCGUGUGUCAUCACAGGCUGGGGAGUUACAGACUCUGAGUACUCACGUACCUUGCUGCAGGCCUGGCUUCCCUUGCUGCCAUCCUGGAAGUGCAAAAAACGUUAUGGCAGCCGCUUCACUGGUCGCAUGCUGUGUGCUGGCAGUCUGUCAAACCAUCGUCGUGUGGACAGUUGCCAGGGGGACAGUGGUGGUCCACUGGUGUGCCAGGGUGAAGGCGGGCGCUGGACGCUAACUGGGGUAAUUUCCUGGGGACAUGGCUGUGGGAACCCCAGCUAUCCUGGAGUAUACACUCGAGUCAGCAGGUUCCUAAAGUGGAUUGAAAAGGUCACCCUGGGUACUGCUUAACUCUUAGGAUAAAAUAUUACUAGGGCUCAAUUGUUCUAAUAUGGCAUGCUUAAGGUAUGAGAUGCCUGUCAGAGGACUGAGACUAUGGUUCAUUGUCAGGACCACAAACCUGGCUUCCUCAUUCAGUAGCUCACCUCAUGCUAUGUUUAUUCCUAUUUAUUUUCACUUGAAAAGCCAUGUGGACAGUGUGAUUGACAUUUUUGAUAGAGGUACAUGUGCUGAAUAUUCCUCGAGUUUGAGCUGUACUAUAUGGCCAAGAAAGUGUAGAAAGUAGGCAUCAUGCCCAUAUGUGAGUCUUCCACAAACUGUUGCACAAAGUGGAAAACAUAUAAUUAUCUAGAAUGCCUUGGAAACUAAAAGGCCUAGCCCACUCUGGACUGAGCGUGACAAUGCCCCUGUUCACAAUGCAAGCUCCUGGUUUAUGGCCAAGGUAGUCUAUCCAGAGCCCUGACCUCAACCCCACUGAACACCACUGGGAAAAACUAGAUCUAUGAUUGCGCACCAGGCCUCCUCACCUGACAUUUUCUCUGUCAUGUGACUGAAUAGGCACAAAUCACCAGAGCCAGGUUCUGCAAUCUAGUAGAAGGCUGGAGGCUAAAUGUGAAAUGGGAUGUUCAAAGACAGAUUAGGGUGUAAUGAUCUAAAUCUUUGCCUAUAUAGUGUAGCUGUGUUGGACUGGAUGUGGUGUGUAUUUAGAACUAGGGUAUUGCACUAAACUGCAUGCCAUUUUCGCAGGUAAUUUUUUUCAAAAUAUUUUUAUUUGUCAGUAUUGUCGGUCAAACAGCUCAACGGAUAUAUCUUUAUCUACCACAUCUUCAGCAUAUGACUGUUACCACAGACAAGAAUUUCUACACGUCCUCCUGUACUGUGAAAAGUGUAGUCAUUCUUGUCUAUAGUAAUUGCACAUAUGCUGCAGAUGUAGUAGACAUUACUGAAUAUUGAAAAUGCUGGAAUAUACUGGAAUAUGCUUGUGAUAUUUGCAUUAAAUGCUUCAAUGAAUUGACUUUCCAGGGGAGUUUACCCACUGAGAGCUUGAUAUCAUUUUUUUGUGCUUAUUCAUGUUGAAGCUAUUGAUGCUACAGAGUUUUGACUCUGUGACAUAUAAUUGUAUCUCUGAUUGUGGAAUCCAGGUGAAUGAAGUCUAUAAACAAAAAAAGAAGUUUAAGUGCAAUUUUAAACAGUGCAUUGCUAAAUGUUGUAGAAGCUACAUCGUAUCAGAUCAGCUUGUGAAUGUUUACGUGACAUGUUAAAUGUAGUGUAACAUGGUGCACCUCAGAAGACCAAAGUCAUGAGUAAACAAUGAGUCUUCCAUUUAAGGAAAAGCCUCUAGAAAACUGCAAUGAUGAAGAUUUUAGUAUUCUGGCUCCAGAACCAGUUCAAAUAAUGACAAAGAACUGAAACGAAUAAUAUUUUGCUAUGAACAAAACUGCAACCGGUUUCAUAAUCCUCAUUAGCUGUUCCAGAACUGAAACACUAUUUAAAAUAACUUUUAUUUCUCUGUGCUCUGAAACUGUUGGCUCAUUAUUUAUGACUUAACUCUCAAUGUUUUAUGUGGUUUCAUUAUAUGGAUUGACAUGUGCUAUACAGAACAGAUUACAAUGUUACAUGACAUUAUUCACGCAUAGGGAAACUAGAUCAAUUUAACUCACUGUAAAUGGUUCUCACGUUAUGUUAAAAUAAGCAUUAGAUAAAUAACACAGUCUGUUUCAUUGCAUUCAUGCCACUUAUCAUGUCUAUACAUUUUUAAAAAGAAGAUUUAGGGCUCCACAUACUUUGUGGGACACUUCAUUUGGACUUAUUUUGUUAAUAUCUCUGGUAAAUUAUUUAAAAAUAUUUCAUAGCUAUUUGGAGCACAGUAAAUAGUACAAUUCCAUGUGUGUGUGUGGACAUGUGUUUACUACAAACACAGCUGCCAGACUUAAUGGCUUUCCUAUUCCUACUCUUUUAUUAUAUUAUAUUAGACCUAUAUACAACCUUUAUAAAAGGAACAAAAUUAACUGGUUAUUUAAUUUCUUCUCAAUGAUGGUAAGAGCUUUGUGUUGGAGUUGGAACACAAGAAAGGAAAAUGUUAAAAUAAGAUUUAUUUUAUUUUCCAGCCCUACAUAAUAUUGCACCAUAAUUGUGCUACAAUCUGUACUGUAUUAUCAGUCUUUGUUACGAAUGCAAAACUGUUUACGCUGCCAAAUGAUCAUUUUGAACUGUAUUUUUUAUUAUAUAACCCACUGUCAUGAAUCAUGUUACACAAACAUCAGACAUAUAAGUCAUGUUAUCUGCAGAACUGCAACUUGGUCUGUGUAGUAUGUUGGACAAUGUAGUGUGAUUAUUGUAUUUUAAUAAUAAUGAUAAUCAAUGUUGAUGGAGUAAGUGUCAUUUUAGUAAAGUUAAGCCAAUAAAAAUCAAAUCCACUAA